UUUUCUCGAUCUGUUCUUCGAUUUAAAUGCGAAGUUUUGGAUCGUUCUCGCGAGUUAGUUAUCAUAAUCGCGUUUGUAAUCUGAUUCGUAUGUAGUUCUUCAGAUCUGGAGAUAAUGUGGUACGGAUUUUCCCCGCAUUUUCCCCGAAUUUAAGCUCCAAAAUUCGGUCUCCUGCGUUAAAUUCAGUUCGUUUGAUCAAUUUUAGUACUAUUUUUUUUUUGCAUAAUAUUUGUAGUAUAUUCAGAUCUAGAUUGCAAUAAACCCUAUCUCCGAGUCAAAACCCCAAUGCAUGUGUGUUUGGAUCGGUUGUGGUAGUAGUAGCACCAAAUCCGAGCUCUAGAAACCCUAAUUGGAAGGUUCUAGAUGGGCCGCGGCGGCGCGCGGCGGCGGAGGGAGCGGCUGCGGUGGAGCAAGCUCUACUCCUUCGCCUGCAUCCGCCCCAGCGUCCUCCUCGAUGCCGACGCCGCCGCCGCCGCCGCCGACUCCCUCGGCGGCCCCGGCUUCUCCCGCAUCGUCCACUGCAACCAGCCCCGGCUCCACCGCAAGAAGCCCCUCAAGUACCCCACCAAUUACAUCUCCACCACCAAGUACAACAUCCUCACCUUCCUCCCCAAAGCCCUGUUUGAACAAUUCCGCCGCGUCGCCAACCUCUACUUCCUCCUGGCCGCGAUCCUAUCGCUAACCCCCGUGACCCCGUUCUCCGCGGUCAGCAUGAUCGCGCCGCUGGCCUUCGUCGUAGGGCUUAGUAUGGCCAAAGAGGCGUUGGAGGAUUGGCGGCGGUUCAUGCAGGAUAUGAAGGUUAACAGCCGCAAGGUUGGUGUUCAUAAGGGGGACGGGCAGUUCGGGUACAAACAUUGGCAGAAGAUCAGGGUCGGGGAUGUAGUUAAGGUGGAGAAAGAUCAGUUCUUUCCCGCCGAUUUGCUCCUCUUGUCGUCGAGCUAUGAAGAUGGGAUAUGCUAUGUCGAGACCAUGAAUUUGGAUGGGGAAACCAAUUUGAAGGUCAAGAGGUCUCUGGAGAUCACCCUUCAAUUGGAUGAAGAUGAGGCUUUUAGGGAUUUUACGGCCACCAUUCGGUGCGAGGACCCGAAUCCGAGCCUUUACACUUUUGUGGGAAAUUUUGAGUAUGAGCGCCAAGUGUAUGCUCUCGACCCGAACCAGAUUCUUCUCAGAGAUUCAAAGCUGAGGAACACUUCGUAUGUCUAUGGAGUGGUUAUUUUCACCGGUCAUGAUAGCAAAGUUAUGCAGAAUGCGACAAAGUCGCCAUCUAAGAGGAGCAGAAUAGAAAGGAAAAUGGAUAAGAUCAUAUACAUUCUGUUCACUCUUCUCGUGUUAAUUUCGCUGAUUAGUUCUAUUGGUUUCGCUCUCAAGACUAAGUAUGGGAUGCCACAUUGGUGGUAUUUGCAGCCGCAGAAUACCACAAAUUUGUUUGAUCCGUCUAAGUCUCUGAUUUCUGGCAUCUUUCAUCUUGUCACGGCGCUUAUUCUUUAUGGAUAUCUUAUACCUAUCUCACUUUAUGUUUCAAUUGAAGUCGUUAAGGUUCUGCAGGCUAUGUUUAUCAACCAUGAUCUGCUCAUGUAUGAUGAGGACACGGGAAAUCCAGCUCAAGCCCGGACCUCGAAUUUAAACGAGGAGCUGGGCCAAGUCCAUACGAUUUUGUCCGAUAAAACAGGCACUUUAACAUGCAAUCAGAUGGAUUUCUUGAAGUGUUCUAUAGCAGGAGUUUCAUAUGGUAGGGGCUCGAGUGAAGUUGAAAUUGCUGCAGCGAAGCAGAUAGCAUCGGAAGCUUCUGGAACUGCUGAUCAGAAUAGCAAUGAUCCUGAUCUAUGGGAGAAUAACAGGGGUGAUUCUGGGUCGUUAGAGAUUGAAAUAGAAGGUGGCAUUACAUACUCUGUUGAGAAGGCUGCUAAAUCAAAGAUUAAAGGUUUCAGUUUUGAAGAUGACCGUCUAAUGCACGGAAAUUGGACUAAAGAACCAAAUGCAGCUACCAUCAUAUUGUUCUUUAGAAUACUCGCGCUUUGUCAGACUGCGAUUCCCGAGUUUAAUGAGGAAACCGGAAGUUUUAACUAUGAAGCUGAAUCACCAGAUGAAGGGGCUUUUCUGGUCGCAGCAAGGGAAUUUGGAUUUGAAUUUUGUAAGAGGACUCAAUCAAGUGUCUUCAUAAGGGAGAGAUAUUCAUCCUCCGAGCACCCAAUAGAAAGGGAGUUCAAGAUUCUCAAUCUUUUGGAAUUUAGCAGCAAAAGAAAGAGAAUGUCGGUGAUAGUGCGGGAUGAAUCUGGGCAAAUUCUUCUUCUGUGCAAAGGAGCGGAUAGUAUUAUAUUUGAUAGACUAUCAAAAAAUGGAAGGACAUAUGAGGCUGAAACAAGUAAGCAUCUUAAUGAAUAUGGGGAAGCAGGUUUGCGGACAUUGGCAUUGGCAUACAGAGUGCUUGAGGAAUCCGAGUACUCAGCAUGGAAUGGUGAAUUUUUUAAAGCAAAGACUUCUAUAGGGUCUGAUAGAGAAUCCCACCUUGAGCGAGUCUCAGAUUUAAUCGAGAGAGAAUUGAUUCUUAUUGGUGCAACUGCUGUAGAGGACAAAUUACAAAGAGGGGUUCCUCAAUGCAUAGAUAAAUUAGCACAAGCUGGUCUCAAAAUCUGGGUUUUGACAGGUGACAAGAUGGAAACUGCAAUCAAUAUCGGAUAUGCAUGCAGCUUACUUAGGCAAGGCAUGAAGCAAAUCUGUUUGUCCGCAACGAACAACGACUUGCUUGCACAAGAUGCCAAAAAGGCUGGAAAGGAGAGCCUUUUGAUGCAAAUCACCAAUGCGUUGCAAAUGGUGAAGCUAGAGAAGGAUCCUCAUGCAGCAUUUGCUUUAAUUAUUGAUGGCAAAGCUUUGACGUAUGCCUUAGAGGAGGAUAUGAAGGAUCAAUUCUUGAGUCUAGCAGUCAAUUGCGCCUCAGUCAUAUGCUGCCGGGUCUCCCCAAAGCAAAAAGCACUGGUUACUCGUCUAGUCAAAGAAGGUACCGGCAAAACCACCUUGGCGAUAGGUGAUGGUGCGAAUGAUGUGGGCAUGAUUCAAGAAGCUGAUAUUGGAGUGGGUAUUAGUGGCGUGGAGGGAAUGCAGGCUGUGAUGGCUAGUGACUUUUCAAUUUCACAAUUCCGGUUUCUUGAGCGGCUCCUAGUUGUCCAUGGGCAUUGGUGCUACAAGAGAAUUGCUCAGAUGAUAUGCUAUUUUUUCUACAAGAAUAUAGCCUUUGGCCUCACCAUUUUCUACUUUGAGGCAUACACUGGCUUCUCCGGGCAGUCAGUUUAUGAUGACUGGUACAUGCUACUUUUCAAUGUGGUUCUUACAUCCUUACCUGUCAUCUCACUUGGAGUGUUUGAGCAAGAUGUUUCUUCUGAAGUCUGUUUACAGUUCCCAGCUUUAUAUCAGCAAGGACCGAAGAAUGUCUUCUUUGACUGGUACCGAAUAUUCGGGUGGAUGGGCAAUGGCCUCUACUCCUCCCUCGUCAUCUUCUUCCUCACCAUUGGCAUCAUCUACGACCAGUCGUUUCGUGCGGGCGGUCAGACCGCUGACAUGGCGGCUGUGGGGACCACCAUGUUCACAUGCAUAAUCUGGGCAGUCAACGUCCAGAUCGCCCUUACAAUGAGCCAUUUCACGUGGAUCCAACACGUCUUUGUUUGGGGCAGCAUUAUCACAUGGUACUUAUUCUUAAUUGCCUACGGAAUGUCCUCACCGCUGAUCUCCGGAAACAACUACCAGAUCCUUCUAGAGGCGCUUGGGCCGGCUCCCAUAUAUUGGUUCGUGACACUUGUUGUUGCUGCGGCGUGUAAUAUCCCAUAUUUGGCUCAUAUUUCGUUCCAAAGACAAUGGAAUCCGCUCGACCACCAUGUUAUUCAGGAGAUUAAAUAUUAUAAGAAGGAUGUGGAGGAUCAAAACAUGUGGAAGAGGGAGCGGUCGAAGGCGCGGCAGGAGACAAAGAUCGGUUUUACAGCAAGGGUUGACGCCAAGAUCAGGCAGUUGAAGGGUAAAUUGCACAGGAAAGCACCGUCAUCAACCGUUCAAACCAGCACAUAAAAUAUGUCUUCUUUACCCUCUUAUGUAUAUGAUUUUUCUUUUUCUUUUUUAAUUUAGGGUCUGUGUGAGUGUAGCUAAAGUGUGAUUUUUCCGCUUUUUUGAAAUUUCUCUCCAAUUCGUUUCUUAUUUUAUGGGGAAGAGCCCAUGGUUCAGUUCCCUCUCCAUUAUACUUAUACAAAUUACAAAGCCAGCGUUGUACCAUAAUUAUCUCUUUUAGGUGGAAGAUGUGUGUCGAAAAUAGUUGAUAAUGUAUGUACGUGCAAAAUUUUGUCCAUUGGCUAUUUUUUAUAUUGUAGUGAAAUGUUGAUUUUUCCC